GUUACGUUUCCGUCCAGAAGAGAGGCGGGGGUAGGACAGGGCGCUACAGUAGGGAUUUUUAUCUGCAGGCUGCUUUCGGUUAUACCGGGGGAUGCUAACGGAAUCACGACUACAGUCAUGCGUUCAUCAACAGACGGAAAAUAAACAUUGCAACGGUGUCAUUCCGUUCAUAGUAUUAACCAUAAAGAAAAUACGGUUCGGAAUAAGCUGCUACGUUUGACUUUGGGAGAUUACUGCACCUAGGUACCUAGCUAACGCUACACCAGACUAUCACCAUGGCAGACAGUUUUAUGGGCAAGGCAGCUACCAUGGAAAUUCCCAUCAACAGCAAUGGAGAGACUCUGGCUGAAGAUGACAGUUUGGAGCAGGCUACAAAGAUUCAGUGGACCUUAGAUGAGAAGGACCUGCAGCAGGUGAUGGUGUCUGGUCCCAACCUGAAUGAGACCAGCAUUGUGUCAGGAGGCUACGGAGGUCCAGCAGGGGGCGUCAUACCCACCUCAUCCAUCAAAGGCCCUGCUAUCCGCUUCAACCCUCAGUAUUUGGACAGGAGAUGGCCUCCUGCCUCUACCCCUAUCCCUGCAGCCGAACCCCAGCCCACAGAACUGCGUAUGAAGUCCAGGGGGCAGGCUGUAGGUCUGGCUUCUAGCCAUUCAGCAGCCAGCAGGAUAUCCAACCAGAACCAGACCAGCCAGCCAUUCACAGGGUCGGGGAUGCAUCACAGCAACAGCAACCAGAACAUGUCAGCGGAGGAGACAAACCGGGGCGUUGCCGUGGAGAAAUUAGACAGCGUCAAGAAGUGGGGCAUCAACACCUACAAGUGUACCAAACAGAUGUUCUCGGAGAGGUUCGGCCGCGGCUCCCGGACGGUCGACCUGGAGCUGGAGGCACAGAUAGAAGUGCUCAGGGACACCAAAAGGAAGUACGAGUCGGUUCUGAGAUUGACCAGCGCCAUGACCAGCCACUUCUACAACAUGGUCCAGACACAGCAGGCCCUGGGGGACGCCUUUGCUGACCUCAGCCAGAAAUCGCCCGAACUGAGGGAUGAGUUUGGGUACAACGCGGAGACCCAGAAGUUGUUAUGUAAGAACGGAGAGGCCCUGCUUGGAGCUAUCAACUUCUUUGUGUCCAGUAUCAACACACUCGUCAACAAGACCAUGGAGGACACACUGAUGACCAUCAAACUAUACGAGGCUGCGAGGCUGGAGUUUGAUGCGUACAGGGCUGACCUGGAGGAGUUGAGCCUGGGGCCUCGGGACACAGCCACCAUGGUGCGUAUAGAGGUGGCCCAGCAGCAGUACCAGGUGCAGAGAGACAAGUAUGAACGUCUACGCUCCGACGUCACCAUCAAACUCAAGUUCUUGGAGGAGAACAAGGUGAAGGUGAUGCACAAGCAGCUGCUUCUCUUCCAUAAUGCUAUCUCAGCCUACUUUGCUGGGAACCAGCAGCAGUUGGAACAGACUCUGAGACAAUUCAAUGUCAAGUUAAAGCCCCCGGGGUCAGACAAGCCCUCCUGGCUGGAGGAGAGCUAGAGUGAUCCACUCCCAGUGGUCUGGGCGCAUAUAUGUCAAACAUCUUGGAGUACAAGUACCGAUCUAGGAUCAGUUUUGCGGUUCACAUCUUAGUUAAGAAGAUUGCAUGGAUUGCAGGACUUGAUGCUUGAUUAGCACCACUACUCUGAGAUGCUUGAUACAAAAACCUUGAGGUCUCCAUCAGGUCUUUGGUAUAUUUGGGAUAUAAAGACUGAGAAACACUUGAGAUUGGAAUAAACAAGACAAAUAAAUAAAUGGAUGGCUAGAUGGAUGGACGGAUAUAUGAAAUCUACGCGAACUGUAUAUACAAACCAGAGACUACUAGUCAUGAUGAAACUAAGGGGAAAUGAACACAUUUAGUCACUCACCUUCGUCAGUAAUUUGCUCAUUUGUUCUUAGAAUUUCAAUUCUAUGUAGAUUUGAAGCUGUUACUAACUAUUCACAAAAAGUGUUGUGAUUUUGUAGGCCUGCAGAGUGGGUUUUGGUUUAUCAUACUUUAUUUUAUGCUUAUGCUUUGCACAUAAAUGUAAUCAUUCUUUUUCAUCAGUUUUUCUGAAGGGUCAUAUAAGGUGGUUCAGAAUAUGUUGUUGGAAAGUUCACAUAAAGUUCAGAUAAAGAUGGACAACCUGUGGUAUUUGCUCCCAGUAAGGAAUAACCAGUGGAUUUGUUUGUGAGCCAGGGAGGAAUCUGACAUGCUGUGUGUUAUUUGGUAUACUGCUGAUGGCUGAAAUGAUGGCUUGAUAUUGUCUCAGUGACAAGGACCAUUUAGAUAAUCUCCCUCAUUAUUGAUCCUACAGAUUGUUGUUACACCCCUUUUGUCCUGUAUCCCAAUACUUGCAUAUAGUUAACCUACGUUCAGAAAACAUUCAUCCACUGAUUGUGAUUUGUUUAUAUGUUUUUCUUUUGUUUUCUCUCCCAUUUCUAAAUUCAUGUAUUGUCUAACUUUUAAAACAGAACUGGAAAUGGUCUAGAGUAAAUGAUACAAUGGUGUACAGUUAGAAAUUAUGUUUCCAUAGAGACUGGAUGUUUCCCAACAGAAGCUUUAGAGAAAUAACAUUAUGUCCUCCUCCCAUUUGCUGUCCUCUGAGUAUUUUGUUGUUGGCAUCAUCACCAGUGUUAGAACUUUACCAUAAUAUAUGUACAUACAUGACAAUACAAUCCAAAACAUGGCUGAAACAUGACUGGUA